AUGCCAACGUGUGCAACGGUAGAGGAAGCAAUCGCGAAAGCUAUCAGUAUUGAAAAAAAAUUAAACUCACGCAGAGAGUUACGCCGCGAUGUAAACUCAGAGAGUAAGAAACGGGAUCCAAAGAAAGAUGACACAAAGAACGGGAACGGGAGUAAACCGGUCAAUUAUGCCGCACCAAACACUCCUUCGCAAAAUUCCUCGGGACCCACAAAUCCCAUUCAUAAAACCAAUAACCCUAAACCACCCCAGAAACCAAACCGGGAAAACAAAAUAAAUCAAGUAGCGGUUAAUCCCUUAAUUUGUCACAAAUGCAAACAAGCCGGGCACUUCACCCGAGAUUGCCCGAACCUAACGUGUCAAAUUUGCUUUUCAAAAGGUCACAAUGCAAAAAAUUGUACCGAGCUUCACUCGGGUAAUCAAAAUAAUCCAUACGCUAGAGUUAAAUGUCAGUUAUGCGAUUCGUAUAGACACACCGCUAGAUAUUGUCCGGCGAAUCCCAAUAAACGGACGAUAUCCGCUCAACCCCAGCAGCAGUACCAACCAAACGGGUUUAAUCAAUCUGCUCAAAAUUUUUAUCGGAACUCCAGUCCAAACUAUCCCCGUGUACCCAACCCGUUCCCACAGCAAUUCCAGAAUCAGGCCGUAAAUCAAUACGCAGCUGACAAAUAA